AUGGAGAAUCAAGAUGCUGCCAUCAAGAAACUGGAAACACAGAUUGAAUUCUUAUUCAAGCAAGCCCCUGGACACAACAAUUGCAGCAAUAUUAACUCAAUACCAAAGGAGGAAUGUCAAGCCAUCACCCUCAGAAGUGGGAAGGAAUUGAAGGAGACCCACAAGAAACCACCAGAGAAGAAAUUGGAUGAAGAAAACAAGGGACAUGAGGAAGCUCAAACCUCAACCCCUAAGUCACAUCAAGAAGGAGAAGCGCUCAAACCAUGCCUCUCAAAGGCUCCAUACCCCCAGCAACUGCAAUUAAAGAAGAGGGGAGAGGACAACCAAUUCUCAAGAUUCUUGGAAAUCUUUAAGAAACUACAAAUAAACAUACCCUUUGCUGAAGCAAUAGAGCAAAUGCCACUCUAUGCCAAGUUCUUGAAGGAAUUGAUGACCAAAAAGAGAAGCUGGAAGAACAAUGAGACUGUAGUACUCACGGAAGAAUGCAGUGUCAUCAUCCAACACAAAUUGCCCCAGAAAUUGAAGGAUCCUGGGAGUUUUCAAAUUCCUUGUAUCAUUGGAGAAAUCACUGUGGAAAAGGCUUUAUGUGAUCUAGGAGCCAGCAUAAAUCUAAUGUCUCUAGCAAUGAUGAAAAAAAUGAAGAUUGAAGAAGCCAAACCAACAAAAAUGGCCCUGCAACUAGCAGACAGAUCAUUCAAAUUUCCCCAUGGGAUAGUAGAAAAUUUAUUGGUGAAGGUGGGAGACUUCAUCUUUCCAGCAGAUUUCGUGGUAUUAGACAUGGAGGAAGGAGCUAAGACUUCCAUCAUCCUGGGAAGGCCAUUUUUAGCCACUGUCGGAGCCAUUAUUGAUGUCCAAAAGGGUGAACUUGUCCUUAGAUUACACGAGGGGAAAAUGACAUUCAAUGUGUUUAAGGCCAUGAGUUACCCACACAACUCAUUGGAAGAAUGUAUGAGGUUGGACUCCGUAGAAGCCUUGGUACAAGAAACUCUUGAAGAAGAACUUGAAGCAUCAACAGAAGAAGAAUUAGCAGCAAGCGAAGAAGUUGCAGCCGCUAAAAUACAUGUUCAUGGCAUGCUAGAAGAAAAGGAGGAAAGAAAAGAAGUGCCCAAACUGGAGCUUAAAGCACUGCCAACCACUCUCAAAGUCAAAACCAAGACUAAUCAGAUGGAUCUUAUUAUUGCAGGAGUUCACAUUGAAAUUAGAGACAAAAAGGGUGUGGAGAACAAAGUGGCAGACCAUCUAUCCAGAAUCCCUUGUGAAAAGGAUGAUGCCCAUGAUACAAGUGUAAAUGAAUUCUUCCCAGAUGAGCAGCUAAUGAUGAUUCAUAAAGCACCUUGGUUUGCGGAUAUUGCCAAUUUUAAAGCAGCCGGUGACUUACCCCCUAGAAUCAACAAAUAUCAAAGAAGGAAACUCACCAAUGAUGCCAAGUAUUUCAUUUUGGAUGAACCCUAUCUCUUUAAGAAAUGCUCAGAUGGAAUCCUUAGAAGGUGCAUCUCAGAAGAAGAAGGACGAAGGGUCCUGUGGAGUUGCCAUAGUGCUAGUUAUGGAGGUCACUUUUGA